GGAGGCUCGCUUCCCUCUGUGUAUUAAGAGCUAUGAACCAGAAUAUUUACAACCCUAGGCCAAGGUCAAAAGCUCCUUUCUUUGAGGUGCAGAGUUUGUGCCUUUGGUUUAUGUGUGGCCCGAGGCCCUGUGCUGGGCAGGGACGCCCUCCCCUCGCCCCAAAGGUGAUGAAAGGGAGGUUUCUUGGGGAGGCCCAGCGCCCUGCCGCACUCUGAGCCUCGGCCCAUUCUUGGCUGGCACCAACGUUCUGCGAGGUAAGCAGGGCUGGUUCUAGAAUGACCAGGCCCGGAACGCGAGGGGCUACGUGUGCCUGCUGGGAAGGAGGCACCCAGGCUCUAGCUGCUUGCCAUGCAGCUGGCUUCUUUUCUGGGCUCACGCUGUAUUCCCCCCUAGGCAGUGAUUUCCGGAAGCACCCGCGGUCUGGGUGGCCCGCUCUCCUUCCCUCAGGCACCCCUGCCCCAUGGGUCCGACUCGUGUUGCUGUGCUUCUGCGGGCCUGGGCCAUGCUCAAGGCCUUUGAGGUCAUGGAGAAGGAGAACAUCUUCCAGAAGACUCCCUGUCCUGCCUUCCUGAUGUUCGACAAUGCUGCCUACCUGGCCGACAUGAGCUUUGAGCUGCCCUGCCACUGCAAGCCCGAGCAGGUGCUGUCAGUGGUCUGGUUCCACCAGAAGCACCUGGGCAGUGGCCACACCCAGGUGCUCACAGACUUUGACGGGCAGCUGUUGAGGGAAGCUGCGCAGGUGCGCAUGGGCAGCAACGUGCUGGCCCGCUUCAGCAUCCGCAUGUUCAGCCUGCUGGUGUACCGUGCACAGCCUGAAGACUCCGGCCUGUACUUCUGUGGCACCCACCAGGGCGACUACUUCUAUGCCUAUGAUGUGGACAUCCAGAGCAGCGAGGGGCUGGUAGCUGCCUUUGAGGACAGGGGCCAAGAGCCCUCUGUGGACGAGCGGCAUGGGGGUCUCCGCCUCUUUACCGCCUUCUGGGAGUGGACGCCCUGUGACCGCUGUGGGGUGCGUGGGGAGCAGUGGCGCUUGGGGCUGUGCUAUCUACAGAGCCCAAACCUCCCACCACGGUACCACACAGCGCCACCUGGUGUGGUAUCCUGUGGCUCUCAGGCUGUGCCCAGGGGCCUCCGAGCUAUGGCCAUGGCCCAUGCUCCCGAGCUGCUGGUGCGGAGCUGCCAGGUCCCCUGCACCAACCAGAGCCGGGUCCGCGAGGGCAUCCUCACACUCUACAGCUAUGUGUCCAGGCGGGGCAGCAGGCCCUGGCUGCCUCGGGUGCCCAUCCAGUUCCACCAGCAGAGACUGGGCCAUGGGCUCAUCCUCUCCUGCCCCGGGGCGCGGCCUGAGCAUGCAGUGGCCUGGGACAAGGACCGCCAGCCCCUGUACCACACCCAGUACCUGAAAGGUAUUAACAGGUCCAUGCGGGUGUUCAUUGACCAUGGCCACCAGCUGCACAUCCGCUUUGCCCAGCGGAGUGACCGUGGCACCUACUACUGCUGGCGCCAGGGUACACGGGUAGCAGGCAUCCGGCUGGGCGUGACAGCCCGGGGGCACUACCCAGCCUCACUCUCGGACCCUGAGACCCGCUCUGCCCUGCGCCUAGCCCUGCUCAGCUACCUGUUCCUGGCGGCCGUCUUCAUUGCUGUCCACCUCUGCCGCUCCUGCUGCUACUUACUCCGCUGUUGUCCAGACUUGUCCCCCUAGGUCCCCGCCCCUCAGCC